AUGUCGUCGCCCCUGCGAGCGGCGGCGGCCGACUUAGAAUGGGGUCGGCCGCGGCGACAGACGAACCCAGACGUCGUCCGCCGCCCGUCGGUCUUGCUUCGUCAGGCCACCCUCAACAACAACAACAACAAAGGUACUCCUAUCACCAACAACACGACCACAACCACGACCACAACCACCAGCCCUAGCCAUCACGCGCCCUCCUCGCCCCUGGCCGCUGACCAGCGUCCCCGGACUAGCCAGACCUCGUCGUCGGCGUCCAGCACGACCGUCACCCCGACCAAACGAAACUCGCAUCGCUCGUCGCUCAGCGUGAGCGCUCUGUCGAACCCAGCGCUGGCCGAGAUCCCCUCGCGCAAAUACAACGCCCUGCGACUGUCGACGGGCUCUGACAAUAACAGCAGCAACGUGCAAUGUGACAUGGCAUCCCCGUCCGACAUCGUCGCGCCGCAGCGGGCGGCAGCUAAUGCAGCUGCCACGAGCACGUCGCCACGAACCCCGCGACUGACCAGCUUGUACUCGGAUCGCAGUCGAUCCAACUCGGUGACGCUGUCGCCCUCGUCCAGGAAGACGCCCGCUUCGCGCAGCAGCCUCGGCGCCGACGUUUUCGCUCACCACCCCUUCUCGCAGGACCGGGCUGGGAGACCGUACUCCACGCAGCACUCGCCGCCGCAGCAGCAGUCCACCACCCCAAAGGACUCCUUCGACUCGCCCAGCAUCGAUGCCGUCCUCAGGCGCGACUCACUCUCGUCACGGCCGGAAGACCCUGUCUCGCCUGACCGCCGCAGGGGCUCAACCCCGUUGUCUCCCCGCAGUAGCGCUGCAAGGAGUAGAAUGGCCUUUCCCACCGCUGAUGAUCCCUACCGAACGACCAAACUGCUGCAUGAGCAGAUUGCAGAAGAUGCGAGUACAGACGAUAGUCGCUCCCGGAGCGAUGAUAUCUUUCUGAACAUUGCAAAAACAAGCGUGAGCGGCAGACGAGACUCGCUUGGGAAGUUGGAUCGAAGACGGGUAAGUCAUUUAGUCGCCGUAGCUCGCCUGCAUGAAGCUGACGCUCCACGCCAGAAACUGGGCCUAUCGACCCGUACCUCUCUCGCAACAGAGCAAACCCCUUCCCCCGAGCACGUGAAAUACCAGAGCAGCCCCGUCUUCCUGCAAGACGGCUCGCCAAUGUUUUCGUCCAACCACUCGACGACCACCUCAGUGAAUCCGUCCGACGAGCCUUCCCGCCUGCGCCAACUGAAUGCCGGCUCAACUUCCAGAUCUGUGGUCAGCGUCCCACGAAGUCGAUACAACCGCGAUACUUCUCCGGAGCUGCCUCUGCCCCAUGCAGAUGUUAGAUCCACCAUUACCGACACACGUUCAAGACAUUCCCGUACGACUAGUAUUUCCUCACGAGCCCAGCGACAACCAGCCCCCUCAUCAGACGCAGUGGAAAGAGCACAGCCAGAGGUGGAUAAGACACGAAACGACGGCACGACCGAGUCAAGUCUAUCAACGACCGCACCCUCCACCGUUUGGGACGAGCUGGAUGACCUCAAGUCGAGAAUUAGAAAGCUUGAAUUGACCGGGAAAUUCCCUGCAUCGUCAGCUGCUGCCAUGUCCAACGUCUCUGUCGAAAGACCUCGGACCGCAGCUACUACGGCCACUACUUUGUCUUCAUCACCUAAACAGAAACAUAUUCGCAAAACCAGUCUCUCAGUCGAUUUACCUCCUCCGACUCCAAAUCCGAUCCAGACCCUGUUACACUCGGCCCUGGCCAAGGCCAAGACUAAUGUGGGCAACGAGGUCUACGGUGUGCUGGAAACAACUGCAACAGAUGCCUUGACUUUGGCCAACAUGCUGGGGUCUACGACGACAUCGACGCCAUCUGGUACUGCUUCGAGUGUGAAUGGAAGCGGGAUGACGGAGCGCCAGGCUAAGCGCAAAGCAGACAGCCUAUGCCGCAGUUUGACUGAACUCUGUCUAGCGAUAUCCGAUGAACAGGCUCUUCCCCAACAGGAACAACAACGCCAAUCACAAGAACCGAUACGGCCGAUCAGCCAGGGAAGACAAAGUCUUGCGACUAUAGAAGAUAAUGGAGAUUCCAGAUCUAGUACAGCUACCCGAUUUCGCCGAAGUAUGAGCCACGAACCCGAGUCUUUCGUUACGCCAGAUUCUGCCUUGCGGGUUUUAGGUCGGCUGGAGAACCGUCGCGCAAAUACAAUCAACUUUGGGGCAUCAACUCACAGAGAUCGACUGUCACAUGACGAACAAUCUUCACCACAGACUUCCUUGAACGCGUCCCACGCUCGUUUGAACCGUCUUUCUGGGCCGCAUCGGCUGAGAAGGGAAGACGACUCUGAUGAUCGCAGCUCUGUCUUUAGUCGUACCUUGUCCUCGCGAGCGAUGACUGAAGUUGGAGGCUACUCAUCCAGUCGUCUCUCAAACACAACUAGAGAGCGUAUGUCUCGAGAAUAUGCCAACGAAUCGCCUUCUACCCGUCUCUCUACCUCUUACCAACAGGGAUCACCUCAUCCCCCCAAAACGUCACCUUCUGUACAUACUACUACUCCUAUCCACUCCCAACGUCGCAGCUAUGCGACUCCCCCGAGCUCUGGAAUCCCAACAGCCUCUGGUGUAAAUAUCCAACCGGGAUUUCGUCGCUAUGGAGUGUCCACUUCCACCCACGGAACCCCAUCCGACAGCCCUUCCCAGGUAGAAUCUGUGCCACAGACACGCAUUACUAGCGCAUCCAGCAAAACCGCUACCAGUUACACAGCAAUUCAGCAACCUCGAAUGCGUACUGAAAGCCUUAGCUCUCGCCGGCUUGGGCUUCGUCUACGACCAUCGGUAAUUGGCCAGGAAAACGACCAAUAA